AUGUCAGUGAACGAUUCAAACUUCGACUUUGAAUAUAGUUUCGACUAUUAUGCAUUUCUGGAAGAAGUUUACGCAUUUGAUACUCCUCCCGAGGUGACGGUGUCGCUUGGUGUCCUGUUUAUGUUUUUAAUCAUCGCUGGAAAUCUAUGGGUCAUCAUAGCUGUGUUUCGGCAGCCCAAACUCCGAAAGACUGCAACGAACAUUUUCAUUGUAUCAUUGUCAGUUUCUGAUCUAUUGCUUGCAGUUGUAUUUGUGCCAUUUCAUAUUGGUGCAUUCGCCUACGGCAUGGAAACGUCCAAUAAAGCUGUGUGCAACAUAACAGCUUACCUACACUGGGCGGCGCAAUGUGGUACGACUUUUUCCCUGCUUUGUAUUGGUGUUGAUCGUUUUAGAGCAAUUGUUCAGCCAUUGAGGCCAAAAUUGACUCUCCAGCACGCAGCUAUCGGGUGCGUACUAGUAUGGGUAUGUGCAUUGGGAUAUUCAUGCGGCAAGUUUGCAACGGUGGGAAUUGUGUCUAGAAACGACACUAUUUACAUAGAGCAAGGGAACGACACAAUCACCGCUCACAGCAUGUACCAUUUCUGCUAUGUCACAGACUUUGAAGUGGACAAAAUAUUACGAAUUUUCGAUUUCUUGGUCAUGUAUGCGAUACCACUGGUUAUACUAGCCACGCUGUAUUCAAUCAUGGUGUUCACCUUGUGGUUCAGCAAAGCGCCGACCAAUUCCGGCAACCGUAGUAAAAGAAAAGCCAUCAAAAUGUUAAGUUUUGUUGUGUUGCAGUUUGCUAUCACGUGGCUGCCAAUCAAUGUGAUCCAGAUGUAUUACGCAUGGACCGUCGACUUUCCACUGAAUCCCUUUCUAUGGUCAAUAGUUCCUUCCAAUUUGUGCGUUUUCAUUCUAAUGUGUAACAGCUGGAUUAAUCCCAUACUUUACGCAUAUUUCAAUGAGAGCUUCAGAAAAGAAUUUAGAAAACUGUUCCCAUGCUUUUAUAAAUGCAAGGGAUCGAAGGUAUCUGCCGAAGGUUCUUCAAUGACAGGAGACGACGCGAACAGCACAACGAGGGCAGGCGGGAGAACAGGAGUAUCGAUGAUAAGUAGUACUGUUACGUAA